AUGACCUACCGCACCCCCGAAGGCAAACGACUGAUCAAAGACCGCUACUGGCCCGAACUCCAAGCCCUCAUCGAGCAAAAGACCGGCGCCAGCAAAGUCAUCCCCUGGCACUUCAGUCUCCGUAACCAAACGCUCGGCUACCAUCCCGACGAAAUCUUCUUCAUGAAGACCGGCAUCUCGCAGCCCGCUUCCACCCUACACAUCGACAACGACCACACCACGGCCCUGGGCCACCUGCAGCGCGAACUGGGCAAUGAAGAGGCCCAGAAUCUCAUCGCCACUCACAAGCGCUGGGCCAUCAUCAAUGUCUGGCGGCCCGUGGGCACCCCCGUCCAGCGAUGGCCGCUGCUGGUGGUCGAUCACGCCAACAUCCCCGAUUGGAACUUUGCUGACAAUGUCGCCCGGGUGUAUCGCAACAAUGACCCUAAGUACUACAAGGCUCAUGAUAACUUCCUUAAGCCGCAUCCGGAUUACGUCUAUCGAUAUGUGAGUGAGCUUUGUCCCGAUGAGGUCCUGGUGUUUCGGGAUUAUGAUUCGCGCGAGGAUCGGGUGCGUGGUACCCCUCAUGGUGGCUUCCAGGAUGAUAAUACUCCUGAGGAUGCGCCGGCGCGGCGAUCGAUUGAGGUGCGGCUGUUUGUGUUUUUUGAUGAGUAG